GUGGUUGAACCCCUUAUUUAUUACUGGCCAUAAACGGAAGCUUGAAGAAGAUGAUAUGUAUAAAGUGCUGCCAGAAGAUUCCUCAGAGAAGCUUGGAGAGGAAUUGCAGUGGUACUGGGAUAAAGAGGUGCAAAAAGCAAAAAAAAGAGGAAAACCACCGCAUUUAACAAAAGCCAUUAUUCUUUGUUACUGGAAAUCCUAUUUAGUUUUUGGAAUUUUCACAAUGAUUGAGGAAACCCUCAAAAUAGUUCAGCCAAUAUUUUUGGGAAAAAUUAUUAAUUAUUUUGAAAACUAUGAUUCCUCAGAUGAGGUAGCUUUGAAUUUUGCAUAUUUCUACGCAGCUGCUCUGUCUGUGUGCACGCUUAUUCUAGCUAUAAUGCACCACUUAUACUUCUAUCAUGUACAGCGGGCUGGCAUGAAGCUGAGGGUAGCUAUGUGCCAUAUGAUUUAUCGGAAGGCACUUCGUCUCAGUAACGUAGCUAUGGCAAAAACUACCACUGGUCAAAUAGUAAAUCUUCUGUCAAAUGAUGUGAACAAAUUUGAUCAGGUAACGAUUUUCUUGCACUUCUUGUGGGCUGGACCAAUUCAAGCUGUAGCAGUAACAGUACUUCUCUGGAUGGAGAUAGGCCCAUCAUGUCUUGCAGGAAUGGCAGUUCUGAUUAUUCUUCUUCCUGUCCAGACCUGCAUUGGGAGGCUUUUUUCUUCCCUAAGAAGCAAGACAGCUACCUUAACAGAUGUCAGGAUUAGGACCAUGAAUGAAGUCAUAAGUGGUAUGAAGAUAAUAAAGAUGUAUGCUUGGGAAAAAUCAUUUGCGGAACUUGUGAAUGGUUUAAGAAGGAAGGAGAUUGCCAUGGUUUUGAAAAGCUCUUACCUUCGAGGACUGAACUUAGCGUCUUUCUUUGUGGCAAGCAAAAUAACAGUGUUCAUGACUUUCAUGGCAUAUGUGCUACUUGGCAAUGUUAUCUCUGCAAGUCGGGUGUUUGUUGCAGUGUCCCUGUAUGGUGCAGUAAGACUGACAGUAACUCUGUUCUUCCCUGCGGCUGUUGAGAGAGUGUCCGAGGCAGUGGUUAGCAUACGACGAAUCAAGAACUUUCUGAUGCUUGAUGAGGUCUCACACUUCAAGCCACAGCUACAUGGUAAUAAUGAGAAUAUCAUUCUUCAUGUUCAGGAUUUGACUUGCUAUUGGGAUAAGAGUUUAGAAAGCCCAGCACUUCAACAACUUUCAUUUACUGUCAGACGAGGGGAAUUAUUGGCUGUGAUUGGUCCUGUAGGAGCUGGAAAAUCUUCACUCUUAAGUGCUGUGCUUGGUGAGCUGCCUAAGGACAAAGGUUUGAUAAACGUUACUGGAAGAAUUGCCUAUGUUUCUCAGCAACCUUGGGUGUUUUCUGGUACAGUAAGAAGUAACAUACUGUUUGACAAGGAAUAUGAGAAAGAAAAAUAUGAAAAAGUUUUAAAAGUCUGUGCUCUUAAAAAGGACCUGGAAUUACUAGCAAAUGGUGACCUAACAGUAAUAGGAGAUCGUGGAGCUACGCUGAGCGGGGGACAGAAGGCCCGUGUAAAUCUGGCCAGAGCUGUGUAUCAAGAUGCAGACAUCUAUCUUUUGGAUGAUCCACUGAGUGCAGUGGAUGCUGAAGUUGGAAGACAUUUGUUUGAAAAGUGUAUUUGUCAGGCCUUACAUCAGAAGAUCUCUGUUUUGGUCACUCACCAGUUGCAGUAUCUCCGUGCUGCAAAUCAGAUUCUAAUUUUAAAAGAUGGUAAAAUGAUGGGGAAAGGUACCUAUUCAGAGUUCCUGAGAUCUGGCAUCGACUUUGCUUCCCUUUUGAAAAAAGAUGAGGAGGUAGAACAGCUGUCGGUUCCAGGAACCCCCAACCUGAAGUCUGCCCGGAGCCGAACCUUCUCGGAGUCCUCUGUCUGGUCCCAGGAUUCUUCUGCCCAAUCGCAGAAAGACGGAGCACUGGAACAACCACCUGCUGAAAAUGCACUGGCUGCAGUGCCAGAGGAGAGUCGCUCUGAGGGAAAAAUAAACUUUAAGGUUUACAGAAAAUAUUUCACUGCGGGAGCAAACUACUUUGUGAUUUUUGUACUUUUAGUAUUCAAUAUUUUGGCACAGGUGGCAUAUGUUCUCCAGGACUGGUGGCUUUCUUACUGGGCAAAUCAUCAAGAAAAGUUGAAUGUCACAACAAAUGGAAAUAACGGAGCAAAUGAGACUGAACAUCUAGACCUUAACUUUUAUUUGGGAAUUUAUGCAGGUUUAACGGUGGCUACAAUACUGUUUGGCAUAAUAAGAAGUCUUCUGGUGUUUCAAGUUCUUGUUAAUUCUGGUCAGAAUUUACACAACAAAAUGUUUCAAUCCAUUUUGAAAGCUCCUGUCUUGUUUUUUGACAGAAAUCCUAUAGGAAGAAUCUUAAAUCGUUUCUCCAAAGAUAUUGGCCACCUGGAUGACUUGCUUCCAUUGACAUUUUUGGACUUCAUGCAGACUCUCCUACAGAUUUUUGGUGUGGUGGCUGUGGCUGUGGCAGUGAUUCCUUGGAUACUCAUCCCCUUAAUUCCACUAUUUAUUCUUUUCAUUUUUCUUCGACGAUAUUUCUUAGACACUUCAAGAGAUAUUAAACGUCUAGAAUCCACAACUCGCAGUCCAGUGUUCUCCCACUUGUCGUCAUCUCUCCAGGGACUUUGGACUAUUCGGGCUUUGAAAGCAGAGGAAAGAUUUCAAAAAUUAUUUGAUGCACAUCAAGACCUUCACUCAGAGGCCUGGUUUCUAUUUUUGACGACCUCGAGGUGGUUUGCUGUGCGUCUGGAUGCCAUCUGUGCCAUUUUUGUUAUAGCAGUUGCUUUUGGUUCCCUGCUUCUCGCCAAGACUUUGAAUGCAGGGCAGGUUGGUUUGGCGCUAUCCUAUGCAAUCACCCUCAUGGGAACGUUCCAGUGGGGUGUUAGACAGAGUGCUGAAGUUGAAAACCUGAUGAUAUCAGUAGAAAGAGUAAUGGAAUACACAGAACUUGAAAAAGAAGCUCCUUGGGAGACCAACAAGCAUCCACCACCUGAAUGGCCAAGCCAAGGAAUGAUAACGUUUGAAAAUGUUAACUUCACUUACAGUCUAGAUGGACCUUUGGUGUUAAGACAUUUGUCUGUUUUAAUUAAACCAAAAGAAAAGGUUGGAAUAGUGGGAAGAACCGGAGCUGGGAAAAGCUCUCUGAUAGCAGCCCUCUUUCGCUUGGCGGAACCCGAAGGAAGGAUUUGGAUUGAUAAGUACUUGACGUCAGAGCUAGGACUCCAUGACUUGCGGAAGAAAAUUUCGAUUAUACCUCAGGAGCCUGUUUUAUUCACUGGAACUAUGAGGAAAAACUUAGAUCCUUUCAAUGAAUACACUGAUGAAGAGCUGUGGAAUGCCUUGGAAGAGGUGCAACUGAAGGAGGUUGUGGAAGAUCUACCUAAUAAAAUGGAGACGCAGCUGGCAGAAUCUGGGUCUAAUUUUAGUGUUGGUCAGAGACAGCUGGUGUGUCUUGCCAGAGCGGUGCUAAAAAAAAAUCGGAUCCUUAUCAUUGAUGAAGCAACAGCAAAUGUGGACCCAAGAACAGAUGAAUUCAUUCAAAAGACGAUCCGUGAAAAGUUCGCUCACUGCACAGUGCUGACCAUUGCACACCGCUUGAACACCAUUAUUGACAGUGACAGGAUUAUGGUUUUAGAUGCAGGAAGACUGAAAGAAUAUGGUGAACCUUACAUUUUGCUGCAAGAACAAGAUGGCUUGUUUUACAAAAUGGUGCAACAAGUGGGCAAGACUGAAGCGGCUUCUCUGAUUGAAACAGCAAAACGGGUGUACUUCAGUAAGAAUUACCCAGAAGUUGUUCAGAAUGGUCAACUUGCCACAGACUCCUCCUUGGAUCCUUCCUCAGGAUUAUGCAUAACCGAAACUGCACUGUGAUUCCUAAUAACCUUAACUGUUUUCCAUAGAAUGUAAACCUGAGAUCAUCUAAACUCAGUGACUAUGUUUGCAAGUGUCAACGAAGAGGAAAAGGAGGGGGCGAUUCUUUGCACUGGACAUCCUUCCUAUUUAAUACUGAGAAGAAAAUUGUUACUAUCCCUCUUUCUUUAAUUUCAGUGCAAUAUGUUUUCCUUUCCAACUGAUUAUGUUUGUAUUGCUAAGGAAAUUAGGCAGACUCAGUUUUUAUUUGAAAGUUAUGUGAUAGAGAUCUCUUUUAUUUAAACAGGUGCAGGACACCUACCAGAUCUAGGGUGCAUAUUUGCAGCUUAUUAAAAAAUUGGAAUGUGUCCUUUUUCUCUUUUGGAAAUAUUUUGAGAGCAAGCAAAACCAAAUUGUUUUCAGUGUCACUUUAGCGUGACAGCUGUGUCUAAACAGAAGAU